AAAGAGGGGAGUUUGAUGUUCCAGCAAGUGCCAAUGGUUGAAAUUGAUGGAAUGAAGCUGGUGCAGACCAGAGCCAUUCUCAACUACAUUGCCACCAAACACAACCUCUACGGGAAGGACAUAAAGGAGAGAGCCCUGAUUGAUAUGUAUAUAGAAGGUGUGGCAGAUUUGGGUGAGAUGAUCCUUCUUUUGCCAGUUGCACCACCUGGGGAAAAAGAUGCCAAGCUUGCGUUGAUCAAAGAGAAAACAACAAACCGUUAUUUUCCUGCCUUUGAAAAGGUGUUAAAGAGCCACGGACAAGACUAUCUUGUUGGCAACAAGCUGAGCAGGGCUGACAUUCACCUGGUUGAACUUAUCUACUACGUGGAAGAGCUGGACCCCAGCCUUAUUGCCAACUUCCCUCUACUGAAGGCCCUGAAGGCCAGAGUCAGCAGCCUCCCCACAGUGAAGAAGUUCCUGCAGCCUGGCAGCCAGAGGAAGCCUCCCACAGAUGAGAAAAGUUUAGAACAAGGAAGGAAGAUUUUCAAGUUGAAAUAAAGCCAGUAUGAAUGUCAUGCACAUGCAAGAGAAAUCUGAAAUUUUACAGCAAUGAAGUGUUUUCCAAGUCAUUAAAUCUGGCUGUUGUAAGGCUAAUAAAGUUUUCCAAAGUAUAUAUGCUCAUUUAAUUAGAAAUCAACUCUGUGCAGAUUUAGGUCCCUGGGUGGCACAAAUGGUUUGUGCUCAGCUAGUAACCUAAAGGUUGGUGGUUUGAACCCACCCAGUGGCCUUAUCUCGGAAGAAAGGCCUGGUGAUCUGCUUCCAUAGACAUUAAAGACAUUAGAGCCAAGAAAACCCUAUGGAACAGUUCUGCUCUGUAACACAUGGGGUCACCGUGAGCUGGAAUCAAUUCGAUAGUGAUGUCUUUGGUUUUUGGUUUAUGUGAAGGUUUAGUUGCAGUUCAGACUACUUGGUUUUGUUCAAAUAUGAAAUCAUCAUCACCUCCUAGAAUGUCUCUUGCAACUGAAAAUAAAUAAAGUGAAAAAAGUUACGCCAACUCUUUAGUCUAUUUCC